AUGAGCUUCGGCGGAUUGGGAGCUCUCAGAAGUGACAGAUGGAUGAGUAAGCAGCCAUCACUCGCAUCUCGUGACCCCAGCCGUCAGGGGCGCCAGUCCCGAUCGGGAAAGGCAUCCGCCAGGCGGCGUGUCACGUGGCACUCCAUGUCGGGGCGGUGUUUGCCUUGUUUGCCUCGCGGGUUCGGGUGCAUGACUAAGCAUCACACACAGAAACGGGAUGCGAUUAAUCUUGCCCUAAGCAAAGCGUCAAGAGACAGGGACGAGGACCGGCCCUCUGCAUCGUUCGCAGAUCUUGCUUUGGCCAGAGUGUCCAUCGCUCAUCCGGUCAGUCUGCCCACCAUGGCGCCCAGCUUUGACAAUCUCUCCGAGCAGGACCUCCACGAACUGGAGGAGGAGGAGGAGAUUGAUUUCUCAGAUCUGAAAGCACAAUAUGAAGUCCGACUGGAGGAGGGUCUGGACACUUUCGUCGUUCUCGAUGGACUGCCUAUCGUCCCUGAAGAGAGCAGGGAAAAGCUCAUCAAAUAUGUGCUCAAGAAACUCAACACGGUCGGACGGACGAGCGCAGAUGCGUUCUUCAUGCCGAUGAACGAGAAGGGCAUGUCGGAGGGAUUUGCGUUCGUCGAGUUCGAGACUCCCGAACAGGCCAUGGCCGCCGUCAAACAUCUCCAUGGAACCCCUCUGGACAAGAAGCACACGCUGCUGGUGAACAAGUUGACAGAUAUCGACCGCUACGGCCGCGAAGGGCGCAUCGAUGAAGAGUACAAGCCCCCGCACAUCGAGCCGUUCAAAGAGAAGGAGCACCUGCGGUGGUGGCUGGGCGACCCCAAUGCGCGCGACCAGUUCGUCAUUUUCCGGGGCGACAAGGUGGGUGUUUUCUGGAACAUGAAGAAGGACCCGCCCGAGAAUAUCGUCGAUCGGCCACACUGGACCCAGCUUUUCGUGCAGUGGUCGCCGCAGGGAACGUACCUGGCUUCGACUCACCCGCAGGGUGUGCAACUCUGGGGUGGGCCGACCUUUUCGAAACAGAAGCAGUUCCCGCACCCGUUUGUGCAGUUGAUUGAGUUCUCGCCCGGAGAGAAGUAUUUGACGACUUGGUCCGCGCGCCCUAUCCAGGUGGAGGAAGGCCAACAAGGCCCGUUGACCUACGAAGAGGAUGGCAAAAACAUCAUCAUCUGGGAUAUCGAAUCAGGAAAGCCUCUGCGGUCCUUCGUGGCCCAUGAGCUCUCCGGUCCUGAUGGCGAUGCGGGCCACAAGAAGAAGGUGCAGUGGCCGGCGUUCAAGUGGUCUGCGGACGAGAAGUACGUGGCACGGAUGCUUCCGCAGCAGUCGAUUUCGAUCUACGAGCUGCCACGGAUGAACCUGCUCGACAAGACGUCGGUCAAGAUCGAGGGCGUCAUGGACUUUGAGUGGGCGCCGGCGACUCCCUCCCGGGAAGGCGUCAAGCACUACGAGCAGCUCCUGUGCUUCUGGACACCCGAAAUGGGCAACAACCCGGCCAAGGUCGCGCUGAUGAGCAUACCGUCCAAGGAGAUUGUACGGACGCGGAAUCUGUUCAAUGUGUCUGAUGUGAAGCUGCACUGGCAGUCGCAGGCGGCGUACGUCUGUGUCAAGGUGGACCGUCACUCCAAGUCGAAGAAGUCGAUGGCCACGAACCUGGAGAUUUUCCGCGUCAAGGAAAAGGGCGUCCCCGUUGAGGUCGUCGACAGCUUGAAAGACACGGUGAUCAACUUUGCCUGGGAGCCGAACGGCGACCGGUUCGUGCUCAUCACUACGGGCGACGCUCCCACGGGGGCAGCAGGGCCACCCAAGACGGCCGUCUCGUUCUUCGCUCCGGAGAAGGUGAAGGGUUCAGGCGUGGGCAACUUCCGGCUGGUGCGCACGAUUGAGAAGAAGACCAGCAACGCCAUCUACUGGUCGCCCAAGGGGCGAUUUGUGGUGGUGGCCACGGUGCACUCGCAGUCGAACUUUGACCUGGACUUCUGGGACCUGGACUUUGAGGGCGAGAAGCCGGAGUCGGAGAAGGAGCUGGCGGCGAACCUGCAGCUGAUGAAGUCGAUUGAGCACUACGGCGUGACGGAUGUCGAGUGGGAUCCGACGGGUCGGUAUGUGGUCAGCAGUGCGAGUGUGUGGACGCAUUCGAUGGAAAACGGCUGGAAUAUCCACACGUUCGCGGGCCAGACUCUGGCAGAGCACCCGACGGACAAGUUCAAGCAGUUCCUGUGGCGCCCUCGGCCGCCGACGCUGUUGAGCAAGGAGGAGCAGAAGCAGAUCCGCAAGAACCUGCGCGAGUACUCGAAGGAGUUCGAGGAGGAAGACAAGUACGCGGUGGACAUUGCCAACACGGCAGUGGUGGAGAAGCGCAAGCGGGUGCUCAACGAGUGGCUGGCCUGGGUCCGCCGGGAGAAGGAGCUGCUGGCGGAGGAGAAGAAGGCGCUGGGACUGCCGGAGGAGGACGUGGCGGUGGACGUGAUCAAGACGGCGCCGAAGGCGGAGGCGGAGGCGCCGGACACGGUGGUCGAGGAGAUUGUGGAGGAGAUUAUCGAGGAGACGGAGGAGAUUGUUGGCUAA